UCGGAGGGGGGCGAAAUUAUGAAAAUCGGUGACAAUGAAGAUGGUAACGGAAAAAGGGUCGGUGUUGCGCAGCUGUCCCGCGGGCGCCGGUCGUCGGGUGCUCCGCCCGCGCUAGAGCGCCUCCACUCUCCGCGCCAGAGGAGUCGCCUCCCCAGCCGCUCGCCACCGCCAGUCGCCCGUCAGUCGUCGAGCGCAACGCACAUCUGUCACGCUGUCGCGCGCGACCUCCCAACCAUGUGGUGAAGUGAAACUGUCAAACGUGAUACAACUCGCAACUAUAACAUUUUAUACUAUCUUACUUUUUUUAUUAACAUUACCGUGGUGAAUUGUGAUCUCGAAGUGGUGCCACCGUUUUGGAAAAUUGGAUUAUACGAACGAAUAAUGGCCUUAGCCAGGUAUAACCAACAAACUGGACGCUCAGCUUGGUUGAAGCUCGGCGCGGGCAGCGAGUGCGGCGGUGGAGGGUCGGGCGGCGGCGGCGCGCCCGCUCCGCAGUCGGCGCGCGUGUCCUCGAACGUCGCCGGCGGCAUGGCGGUCAGCCGCGUGCCCAGCCCGCUGCACGACGGGAACACGCCCGUCGCCGAGAACUGGUGCUUCACACAGGUCAAAGUGGUGAAAUUCAGUUAUAUGUGGACAAUAAACAAUUUUAGUUUUUGUAGAGAAGAGAUGGGUGAAGUGUUAAAAUCAUCGACAUUCUCAGCCGGUGCUAGUGAUAAGUUAAAGUGGUGUCUCCGUGUUAACCCCAAAGGACUCGACGAAGAGAGCAAAGACUACUUAUCGUUAUAUCUAUUAUUAGUGUCGUGUAAUAAAUCAGAAGUUCGAGCAAAGUUCAAGUUUUCAAUAUUAAACGCGAAGCGGGAAGAGACGAAGGCGAUGGAGUCGCAGCGCGCAUACAGAUUUGUUCAAGGCAAAGACUGGGGGUUCAAAAAGUUCAUUAGAAGAGAUUUCCUACUAGACGAAGCAAAUGGACUUCUACCAGAAGACAAGCUAACGAUAUUCUGCGAAGUGUCAGUAGUCGCGGAUAGCAUAAACAUCAGCGGGCAGAGCAACGUGGUGCAGUUUAAAGUGCCCGAGUGCCGGCUCUCCGACGACCUGGGCGCGCUGUUCGACAACGAGCGGUUCUCUGACGUUACGCUGGCGGUCGGCGGCAGGGAGUUCCAAGCACAUAAAGCGAUAUUAGCAGCGCGGAGUCCUGUGUUCGCGGCCAUGUUCGAGCACGAAAUGGAGGAGCGCAAGCGCAACCGCGUGGACAUCACGGACGUGGACCACGAGGUGCUGCGCGAGAUGCUGCGCUUCAUCUACACCGGCCGCGCGCCCAACCUGGACAAGAUGGCCGACGACCUGCUCGCCGCCGCCGACAAGUACGCGCUGGAGCGGCUAAAAGUGAUGUGCGAGGAGGCGCUGUGCCUCAACCUGUCCGUGGAGACGGCGGCCGACACGCUCAUCCUCGCCGACCUGCACUCCGCCGACCAGCUCAAGGCGCAGACCAUCGACUUCAUCAACACGUCGCACGCGACGGACGUGAUGGACACGGCGGGCUGGAAGAACAUGAUCUCGUCGCACCCGCACCUCAUCGCCGAGGCGUUCCGCGCGCUGGCCACGCAGCAGCAGCAGAUCCCGCCCAUCGGGCCGCCGCGCAAGCGCGUCAAGCAGGCCUAGGCGGCGCUCCGGGCCCGUGCUCGCUGUGGACCGACGGACCCUCCGUCUUGCGCUCUUGAAACUUCUGCGCUUAAAACUUUUACUUUGGGGCGGGGACGGAGAUUUUUGUUAAAAUGACAUAUCUUGGACGACGAGAUCGGUCCCCUCCUUAUGUCAGAAAAUUUAAAGUACGGAAGCGAAGUGAGGCAAGUAGGGAGCCGGGGUGUCGGUAUGCGCGGCUGGAAAAAAUACGCGUAUGAAACGUUUGUAGUACCGCUCGCCUUUUGCCUGAGGAAAACUGGCGUCGUCCAUUUAUUAAUGUAUCCGACGCGACGAAUAUUGAGUUCAGGAUGCGUCCGAUGGCAUUUUAAGGACCGCAAACCUGCGCGGAGGCUGUAAUAUAGUGGCGACGAGUGCGGUGAACUAUUAGUUGGUGUAGUCGUGGAUCCCCGGAUUCAUCCUUUUGUUUACUAUGAUUGAUCUCAAGACGAUAUUCGAUCCUAAUGUUUUUGUCUCUCGCGGUCGGUUAGUGGCGCCGCUUUUUAAUGAUUAAUUUUUAUGUGUAGAUUUACGGAAUUUGGACGCUUUUUGCGCGUUGCCGUAGUUCGGAUGUAGCGGAGGUUAUCGAUAUGUGUUAAGGCUUGGAGUUAUCUUUUUUAUGCAUGUCGUUUAUGUGGAAAUUCUCUUGCACUGUUGCGGUUAUGUUUUUGUAUAAAUUAUUGCUAUUGUAUAACGAAUACGAAGCUCAUGUCUAGAAAAUAUCCAUGUCAUGUAAAUUUAGUAAUAUGAUUACGCGAACUUUUCGGCUAACAAUUAUUUUUGUUUAAUGUAAUGAAUCAAAUAUUUAAUAAAAAGUAGCGACUUUUCUGUUCAGGUAAUCAUAAUCAUAUUGAAUUUAUUCAACAAAAUAAUCUCAUUCCCGUGCAAAAUAUCCAUUACAUAAGAUUUCUCGAUAGAUGUUUAAAAGUAGGAACUUUUGAACAUAACGGUUGAAGUAGAAUGGUAUUGAAUGCAAUAAAUCUGUGAAGCUCUUGUGGCGCGGGUUGCCGCAGCGGGCCGGCGGCGCUAGUGAGCAGCCUGCGGUAGCAUUUGUAGAAGCUUAGGUGACUCGAGUGAUUGUAAGAAGUCUAUUGAAAUCGUUGGUAUUGUAUAUAGAUGAGCUACGAUCCCACCAUUAAAGUAAAAAUAUUUCUAAGUACUAAAUUGUAAGUGGUAUCACAGGUGAAACCGUCAUUUUGUAUUGCAUCAUAAGAAUAUUCCAAACAAAUGUUGUGAUGUUUCUUAAAUUUUCCAUAGGUUUCGCAAACACACAUACACAAGUUUUAUGUUUUCAUUAUUUAUAUGUACGGAUAAUUUAAUUUGAGUGAAGUGGUAUGUAUUAAAAGUAUUGUGUAGUUGGUUGCGCUUCGUCGAUUGUACCGCGAGUCAUCACGGUCGGCGGUACGUCGACUGAUCUUGCUCACUUGAUUCAUCAAAAUUUGUUGAUCCGAAAUUACAAUCAUUAAUUAAUAACCCCGACCACGUUGUUGUUUUAACAUCACCCAAGAUUGCUAUGUGUCAGUAGAAAUUAUUAUGAUGUAUUGCUUCAAUCAGUAGUAGUCGCAAACGAAGCAAAUGUUACUAAUAUCUGUUGAUACACAGCGAUAUUUUAACAAGACAUUUGUAAGACUUGAGUGAGUUUGAUCUACCCAAGUUAGGUAACUUUGUAUUGUUAAACAUUGUGGCCAAUAAAUAGUAAUACUUAAAACAAACAUUUUAUACCCAGGAGGUUAAUACCCAUGUCCCAUUUACAUAGCUGACAGGGGUUGUUCGUGUAUUAAACUUACCUUUUACAUAACAACCGUCAGAAUAUUAACUGUGAUUUUCGACAUUGUCAAUAAGUUGAGCAAAUAAAUUAAAAAUGAUGUAAA